AUAAACAAUGGCCGCUGCUGGAGUAUUCCUUCGGCGAACCGCAGUGCCGAUUUAUUCGAUUUUCAACCAUGUCCGCCGUCAAAAGUCGACAGUUUGCCAUAAAUUAAUUGUGACACAAUACGGAGAGCCGAUAAAAUCGUUAUCCAUGGUGGAAGACACUUUGCCAAGUCUUAAAUCCGACGAGGUCAAAGUUCAAAUGCUGGCAGCUACUGUGAACCCCGCCGACAUCAACACAAUCCAAGGCUCGUACGCCGUAAAACCAGACAUUCCCUUUAUUGGAGGAAACGAAGGUGUCGGUGAAAUUGUGGAGGUUGGGUCAGAAGUCACGCAGCUCAAAGUUGGUGACCGAGUUUUGCCUGCAAUUAAUGCAUGGGGCACUUGGCGCACAUAUGCCGUCUGCCCUCAACACCAAAUUUUUAAGGUCUCAUCAGACUUGAGCCCUGUAGAGGCUGCCACAUUGAGUGUGAAUCCUUGCACUGCCUACAGAAUGUUGAAGGACUUUGUCUCUUUAAACGGUGGCGAUGUCGUCAUUCAAAACGGAGCCAAUAGUGCUGUCGGACAGAGUGUGAUUCAGAUGUGCAAGGCGUUGGGAAUCAAGUCCGUAAACAUUGUUCGCAAUAGGCCUGAUAUCGACAUAUUGAAACAAGAAUUGGAAAAUCUUGGUGCUGAUGUUGUCUUGACUGAAGAGGAAUUGAGGACAACAGACAUUUUCAAGAGUAAAUCAGUUGCAAAACCAGUGCUUGGUUUGAACUGUGUCGGAGGUAAAAAUGCCUUGGAGGUCAUCCGGCAGCUGGCCAACAAAGGCGUUUUGGUCACGUACGGAGGAAUGUCUCGGGAACCUCUGACUGUGCCCACCACUGCCCUGAUCUUCAAGGAUCUCCGAUUUGUUGGCUACUGGAUGACCAGGUGGAAUAAAGAAAACCAAGGCAGCGAAAAGUGGGCCAAAAUGUAUGAGGACAUUACGUGGAUGAUUCUCGAGAAGAAGCUGCAACCUCCUAAACACAGGCUAGUGCCAUUUUCUGAUUUCAAAGAGGCCAUUGAUAAUGCAAUGACGUCCAAGGGCUUUACUGGAUGCAAGUACAUAUUUGACAUGAAAAAGUGAUGCAAAUAAAUUUUAAGUCGCAUUUCAAACACAA